UGCGAAAAGGUUUCUGGAUUUAAUUUGCAGUGAAGGUGAAGAAAGGUGUACCGAAGAAAAAGUGAUUUCAUUCGUUUCUGCCUCUUGCUUUUUAAUCGACGGAAGAAACGAAAAGUGCUGAUUGGCACUAGACGAAAUAAGAAAGAAAAGUAAGCGAUAAUUCAAUUCGCUCAAGACACGGUGUCUAAGGUGAAGCAUCUUGAGGAUUCCCCGAUAUCGGAUGAUGGAUUCUUCGGAAGUGGUGAAGACGUGUGAAUAAUACAAAGAAGGAUAGGUUUCACAGUAGCUUGAUUCCUUAGCGGUUGCGGUUUGCAAUUUGUCGCCUGUGGUGACAAUAUUUCCUUCCCUCUUUCUCCCGACCAUCGGAUGAGUAUAGGCGUUUAAAUGGUUAAUCCACUUUCAUUGCUGACCAAUAAAACUACAGCGAUUGGGGAUGAAAACAAUUGAAAGCAACCGGCAACGACAGCAAUACGAUGCAGCAACAAGAAAAACGACGCGAGCUGCGGUUGAAAAAGUUCUGGCGUACCACCACCAAGCCACCCACAUCGUCAGAGGACUCCGGCGGCUGCGAAAGUCCUACAAAACUCGGACGAAAGGCCUUCCAGCAGCAAACAAAUAGCAUCAACAGUCCACCUAGGAAUCCGCCAACAUGCUCGCUGCCGCUGCUGCAGGUUUGGCCCAGUCAGGAUUCGCCCCGGGGAGAAGCCGAUGGGCAGAGUUUCGUUUUCCCACUGGCAGUCGAUGACCAGGGCGCUGCCUGCGUUGGCAGACUGCUUCAAACUUCGCUGCAGCAUGCUGUGGCCUCCAGCAGCAGUAGCAGUGGCGAUUUGCGACGGAAUUCCCUCUUCGUUGACCAACUGCAAGCAGGAGACUCCGGAAUCGACUCCGUUCAAGCAUCCCCGUCUCCGAUUGCCAUGCCCUGUCAUCCCCUGGUAGUGUCCAAUGCAAUAUCACCAAGUGCAUCGCCCACGGCGGGGUCACCAACGCCGUCGAUGGAUCGCAACCGGCGUCCGUCGACGUCACUGCUACAUCCGGAUCACGCGAGGAUACUAGCCUUGCGCCAGCUGACGUCACCCGACCAAUCAUCCCUAGAAGACAAUACGGAAUUCAAUGGCGUUGCAGGGAAUCACCUCUGCACGGCAAGUUCCAGCACGACCUCAUCCCUGACGUCGGUGGCAGUCGUGACCCUUGGACAGAAUCCCCAAAGAUCCUCAGACCCUUGGCUUCGCCCGGAGCGAGAUAAAGACCACCUUGAACUAGAUCAACGGCGGGCAUCGACGGUGACCGCUCGCCUAUCGCUGUUUGACGCCCUGGAUCUGGAGUACGCUUUGCUUCGAGCCGCAGCCCGUGGUUCGGUGGGACCUUACUCGCUCAGCGAGUCGCUGCACAAGCUCACCUUUACCCAGUCGCUUGCCUUCCCGGCACUCGCCCGCGGCCUAGCCGCAAAACGGCGUACCUCAACCGAGGAAAGCUCGUCUCGACCGCUCAAUCCGAACGAGUCCGGCCUGAACACGUUCGCCAAAGUGGUCACCGCCUGUGUUCUAGUGAUGGUUAGCUUUCUGGUGUUUCUAGUGGUGUACAAGUACGUACGGACGUGAGGUUUGCUCCUGGCCCCGACCGAAGUCACGAUACAGGCGACUACCGCAUCGGCGACGAUCGCCUCCUAUCACCACGUGGCCAACAGGACCCUAGCGUCGGGCGUCAGGAAGCUCUUUAACCUCGAAAACUAGUGUUUGUGAAAGUGUACACCGCGAAGACGAUGAACCGAAACAAGUGAACACGUUCUUUCUUAUGACGUAGCGUAUAACGAAUCGAAGAAAACAAGAGAAGAAACCCAAGUCAAUCGUGCAAGUCGGAAAUGAAAUCUGCAUCAUUUUAAUCCCAAUAGCACCAUCGCAACCAACAACGUUUCGGAAAUGAUUUUAGAGAUGCGUCGAAUGUGUACGACUGCACCAUGAUUGAGUUGCUGAUGAAAUGCCCAACAUUUCCCAGGACUUAAUAUCUUCCGACAAUUCAAUCACCGAUAGGAAACAUUGUUCUCUAGAAAAAGCAUGGAAUCCAGAAACCUCUGACAUUUUUAACAGUAAAGUAGAUUUUUUCAAAUACUUUUA